UCAAACCAAUCCUGGUCAACAAACAAGGUCCCGUUAAAACCUAUGUGGGUGCGAUUGCAUUUGCAUCUUGCCAGGGAAAAUCCAGAUAAUGGAUCCUUUCUAGGACCGCGCCGUCGUCGUCGCUGUUACACAGGUAUUGAUGGUAGUAUAGGAGUAUAAUCGAUGGAUUAUUAGUUUCGUUUCGUGCGUGGUCCGGCUCAUUUCCACCGGAGAAAACCGGGCAAUCCUGCACUGGUGGUGAUGAGUCUCCGAGGCGGUGAACCUGUUCCUCGGUGCGCACAAAGCCUGUAGUCGGGCCGGAUUUCUACGAGCAUACCGUGUACACGAAUGAUGCUCAAACAUGACGGGGAAUCACUACAAGGGCCACGAGGUCAGCUGCUGCAUCAAAUAUUUCAUUUUUGGAUUCAACAUCCUGUUUUGGCUACUGGGGAUGGCCUUGGUUGCAAUUGGACUGUGGGCAUGGAGUGAAAAGGGGGUGCUAUCCAACAUCUCGUCCAUCACGGACCUGGGGGGUCUCGACCCGGUCUGGCUCUUCAUGGUGGUCGGGGGCGUGAUGUUUAUCCUGGGUUUCGCUGGGUGCAUCGGAGCACUGCGGGAAAACACCUUCCUGCUCAAGUUUUUCUCGGUGUUCCUGGGAAUCAUCUUCUUCCUGGAGCUGACUACGGGCGUGCUGGCCUUCGUGUUCAAGGACUGGAUCAAGGACCAGCUCAAUCUGUUCAUCAACAACAACAUCCGGGCGUAUCGGGACGACAUCGACCUGCAGAACCUCAUCGACUUCACCCAGGAAUACUGGGAUUGCUGCGGCGCCUUUGGUCCGGACGACUGGAACCUCAACAUCUACUUCAACUGCACCGACGCCAACCCCAGCCGCGAGAAGUGCGGCGUUCCCUUCUCCUGCUGCACUAAAGACCCAGCGGAGGACGUGAUAAAUACACAGUGUGGUUAUGACAUACGAGCCAAACCGGACGCCGAGCAGAAGGACUACAUCAACGUGAAGGGCUGCGUGCCGCAGUUUGAGAAGUGGCUGCAGGAUAACCUCACGCUGGUGGCGGGCAUCUUCAUCGGCGUGGCCCUGCUACAGAUUUUUGGCAUUUGUUUGGCACAGAACCUAGUGAGUGACAUUGAAGCUGUGCGGGCCAGUUGCUUUUUUACCUAACAUUGACGCCGUUCUUACAGUCCUACAGGACGUUGCAGCUUGCAUCUCUGAACAUGGCGAGGAAUCGAAGGCUUGACUAUUUGGAAAGGAGUAUUUACCAAUCACCUUCACCAUUUGUUCUCUAAGAAACCAGCACCUUUAGUAACGCAUUCGAAAUACUGAACAAUAGGUUGUGUUGGGAGUUGAAGAGAAUGGCUUUAGAUGCACUUAACGUUCAUUAUGUCAUCCUAGCUCCAAUUCUCGAUUACCAGUGUUGAAGUUUUGAUACAUUUUUGAAAAACAAUAGCAUUGUAUUUUUUAAAAACCUGUGGUAACGAAAACUAACGAACGUCGUGAACGUCAUCCGUCUAGAUCCGACGCUCAAGCGAAAAACGUAGAAUAUUUUUCUUUUUUUUGUCUUAGCCGAGAAAAAACAAACGGACGAAGGACGUAGCUUUGCUCCACAUUCAGUGCUUGCCUCACCAUCCAUUCCACUAUUAGUCUUUGACUGUUGCACUAGCCGACGGAGUUCGGAAAAAAAGAGGGACCUUCUUUGCUUCAUUUUGUUAGCAAAAAAAAAAAACAAUUUCAAAAGAGGAGAUUUUUUAGUUAUGGUUUUAAUUUAUUCUUCACUGUAAAAAAAAAAAGACGAAAAAAAAACCCUCAACA